CCCAAAUGGAGAGUCCCGGAGCUAUUACACAGACUUCUGAAGUACUUGGAACCAAAACUCACCCAAGUUUACAAAAAUGUCAGAGAAAGAAUAGGGAGUGUGCUGACCUACAUAUUCAUGAUAGAUGUUUCUUUGCCAAAUACUGCACCAACAACAUCCCCUUGUAUCCCCGAGUUUACUGCUCGAGUCCUAGAAAAACUGAAACCCCUCACUGAUGUGGAUGAAGAAAUUCAGAACCAUGUUAUGGAAGAAAAUGGUGUUGGCGAAGAAGAUGAACGAACUCAGGGCAUUAAACUCUUAAAAACCAUAUUGAAAUGGCUUAUGGCAAGUGCAGGAAGAUCUUUUUCUACAGCAGUCAAAGAACAACUUCAGCUUCUGCCUUUGUUCUUUAAGAUCGCCCCAGUGGAAAAUGACAAUAGCUAUGAUGAACUGAAAAGAGAUGCAAAGCUUUGUUUGUCACUAAUGUCUCAGGGGUUGCUCUACCCUCAUCAAGUGCCUUUGGUACUUCAGGUGCUAAACCAAACAGCAAGAAGCAGUUCUUGGCAUGCAAGAUAUACAGUGCUGACCUACCUCCAGACCAUGGUAUUUUAUAACCUCUUUAUUUUCCUGAACAAUGAAGCUGCAGUUAAAGACAUCAGAUGGCUGAUUAUAUGCCUUUUAGAGGAUGAACAGUUAGAGGUUCGAGAAAUGGCUGCUACCACCUUAAGUGGUCUGCUACAGUGUAACUUCCUUACCAUGGACAGUGCCAUGCAGGUUCAUUUUGAGCAACUUUGCAAAACAAAACUACCCAAGAAACGAAAGUGAGACCCUGGAUCUGUGGGAGAUACCAUUCCUUCUGCAGAGUUGGUCAGACGUCAUGCUGGUGUUCUUGGACUUGGUGCAUGUGUUCUUUCUAGCCCUUAUGAUGUUCCCACCUGGAUGCCCCAGCUCCUUAUGAAUCUCAGUGCACAUUUGAAUGAUCCCCAGCCUAUUGAGAUGACUGUAAAGAAGACUGUCCAAUUUCCGAAGGACACACCAUGACAACUGGCAAGAACACAAGCAGCAGUUCACUGACGAUCUUGUCCUCACUGACCUCCUUGUGUCACCAUGCUAUUAUGCAUAGAGGAUGACUAGUCCUGAUUUGGGGCUCAAUUCAUCAAAAAUUCCAGAUCCUCAGGUACCAUGUGUGGUGACUGUCUGCAGGUCUCACAACUCAGCCUCUGUUGAGCUCUCAUCAUUUUAGUGGCUUCGUGUUUGGCCUCCUUAGACUCUAUUCACAGGUUCUCAGCUGCCAUUUGAUUUGCUAACUUGCCCUGAAGUGUUCCUAGAAUACUGAUCACUUUUUCUUUGAGACAUAUGACAAAGUCACAAAGUCUCAGACUAGAAAUAAUCCAGUAUGAUCAUGGCAUCAUGACCAAACAGUCUAGAAACUUGUUAAAAAAACAAAACCAUUUCCUUGAAUGGAGAAUGCUCAUCAGUAAUGUGGGUCCUGUCAUUUCAUUCAUCUCAAAUUAUUUUGAAUUCUUCUUCAAAGGUUGUUGGGUUCAGUGGUAGUAGGCCAUGGGCCAUGAAUCUGAAGUCUGGACAGCCUUGGGACUGGAGAGCCAUGAAGAGAAAAGGAUCAAAGGGGGCAAGUCUCAGAAUUAACCUAUGACCUGACAGAUUGACCACAAUGCAGAAGUCUGUGUCUGUGUCCCCACAGACUGGAGUUUUUGGUGCUGAAUAAGAGCCAAUUGCUGAAAAAUUGGGGGUCUGGUGAAUAAAUUUUAGAGUGAUUUGUAUGUGUAUACAAUGUGUGAUUUAAAAAAUAAAAACAACAUCAAUAAAAAAAA